GAUCCAGGAAAGGGCAAUCUUAUUUUCUCGGUGCAGACGUUUGAAUCUCAUUAUCCAGAAUGGCGAACAUAUAUACCAAAAGGUCGCAUUAUCCGAGAACAACAAUGGCGAAUAAUUACCGACCCAUUAUUACAGAAGGAAAGCUGCCUAAGAUCUGCAGGCCUCAGCCCCGACUUCUGUCUCCAGAUCGUAGCCUGAACCCUCAUCCCCAGGGAUUAUCAUUCCAGGUCCCGGAUGGAAAAGCGGCAUUCAGUAUCUGGAACAAAGACUUCGAGGUCAUAAAGCAGAAGCUGCCCUUGAUGCUCAGAUAUCAACGCACAUGA